AUGCAUUCUGCUGAUAUUGAACCAGAUAUGAUGAGGAGCCCAGUGUUGAAAGGAACUACCACAAUAGUGACAGGUGCCGGAAGGGGGAUUGGCAAGGCAAUUGCAUUAGCAUUUGCUCAAGCAGGUGCCAAUGUGGUUUGCGUCUCUAGGACGGCCUCAGAGAUUGAGGCCGUAGUAUCUCAGAUUGAAUCCUCCACUCCUGGGUCUGGUGUCGCAGUCAUCGCAGACGUUUCAAGUUCUACAUCUGCGAAGCUCAUUGUGGAUACCGCCGUCCAGAGAUUUGGCCCCGUCUCUAUACUUAUCAAUAAUGCUGGAAUCGACAAGAUCAACACCGUCGAACACGAAAGGUGCUUUGAAUCUUGGUGGCGAGUUCUGGAGGUGAAUCUGCGCGGUCCAGCAGCCUUGAUUCACCAAGUGCUUCCUAGUAUGCUAUCUCGAGGUACUGGUGUUAUUAUUAGUCUUGGAAGUCGAAAUGGGGCGAUAGACUUUCCCUUCAUGACAGCAUAUAGUGCGGCAAAGACGGCUCUGCUUCGCUUUCAUCAGUGUCUCGAACAGGAGAUUCAAGGUCGAGGAGUUUCACAUUUUUAUCUCCAACCAGGUGAUGUUGCUACAACGUUGACGCAUCAACCUGGAGUUAUUGACUUAGACACGGUGGAGAAGGUGCCUGCAUUGCAAAAAAUGCUUGAAUCAACCGUCGGCAGAAGUACUGCUUCGCCAUGCCAUGUGGCUGAUAUAUGCUUGCAAUUGGCCUUAAACGAGAAUUCAAGGCACCUGAGUGGGCGCUAUGUUGACUCGGAACGGGAUCUACAGCAUAUGAUUCAAGAAGUGCGUGCAGAUUCAAGCUUGUAUCGGUUGACCAUGAUGGGAAUCUGA